CCGCAGGGCCGAGUAGAUGCUCCCCAAACUCCGGCCAAAGUCCCGUUGCGCCGUUCCCCGAAUCCUUCGCGCUCGCCGCCGCACCACCACCAACCGCCGGCACCCGACCGAACACAUUCGCGGUCGCCGUAGCGUCGACCCGUCGACCGACCAGCCGGUGGGAGGUGGGCGCGGGAUGGAUGUGGCGGUGGAGGAGGCGCGGCGCGCCAAGAAGGCCGGCAAUGAAGCCUACGGCAAGUCCCUCCUCGAGACGGCCGUCAGGGACUACGACACCCGCGGCGCGCUCCUCGACCCCAGCGACAUCUCCUUCCUCACCAACCGCGCCGCCGCCUACUUCCACAUGGGCAAGUACCAGGAGUGCGUGAGGGACUGCGACGAGGCCGCGAGGCGCGGCAGGGAGCUUAGAGCCGACAACAAGCUGAUCGCGAAGGCGCUGUCGCGGAAGGCGUCGGCGCUGCUCGAGCUCGCGGGAUGCGCCGGGGACUACGCGCUGGCAAUCAGGGCCCUGCAGCAGUCGCUGGCCGAACACUACAGCGACGAGACGCUCGACAAGCUCGGCAAGGCGGAGAGCAAGAUGAAGGAGCUGGAGGAGCAGGAGCGACUGGAUCAAGCCGCCGACCACCACCGUGAGAGAGGCAAUGAAUCGUUCAAGCAGAAGAAAUACCAUGAAGCAGCAAUGCACUACACUCAAGCUAUGAAAAUGAACCCGAAUGAUCCUAGAAUUUUUAGCAACAGAGCUCAAUGCUAUAUCAAUCUGGGAGCUUUACCUCAAGGUCUUGAGGAUGCAGAGAAAUGCAUUGAACUAGAUCCUACUUUUCUGAAGGGCUAUGUGCGCAAAGCUAAAGUUCAGUUCCUCUUGGAAGAUUAUGAAAAUGCUAUGGCAACUUACCAAGAGGGUUUGAGAUGUGACCCAAACAAUCCGGAAGUACUUGACGGCUUAAGGAGAAGCGAAGCACCCAUUAAAACGGCUCAUGGGGGUGCUGAUCUUGAGUACUUGAAACAGAUGUUUGAAGGUUUUCAUUCAGAUGAUUUUACAAUAUUCACAAAGGAAGCUUCUGAAGACACCUUGCGGUCUACAGAAACUGAACAAGUGGAAGAAUUAUGGGCAGAAGAUAUUGUGCAUAAAUUCCAGAAAGCAAUGGAACGAGCUGCAAAAUUGAAGAAGGAACCUUCUGAAGAGUGUUUGAGGCAUACUGAAUCUGAACGAAUGGUAGAUCUGGGUAGAAAAAUGGAGGACUUGUAUUUAAACCAGGUCCAACAAAGGAAACAAACAGAGGAGUUUCUUUCAAGGACACAACAAGAGUUGGAACGCUUUAAAAUACAACAUGAUGAUGUCACUAAAAAACUUCAGAUGGCCAAUGAGCAUAAUGAGCGUCUACUAGGUCAGCUCUCCGAAUCCAGAGGACAAUAUGACUGGCUUCUAUCAGAGCAUGAUCACUUGCUACACAAUAGGGAUCGUGCAGUUCGUGAGGUUGAAGGGUCACGUCAGAAAAGAGUGCAAAUGCUUUCGGUUUUGGUUACAUCAAUGUAUUCUGAGUUUUCAACAUCUGAACUGGAGUCUGCAAGUGAAAAUUUCAGUAGUUCACUGAAGAUUGGAGAAGGUGGGUUUGCAUGUGUAUACAGAGGUAUCCUCCGGAACAUGACAGUUGCAAUAAAGGUGUUGAAACCUGAUAAUUUACAGGGAAGGUCACAGUUCGAGCAAGAGGUUGCUAUCCUGAGUAGGGUGAGGCACCCACACCUUGUCACUCUAUUAGGAGCGUGCUCAGAAUCAUCUACACUUGUCUAUGAGGUCUUGCCAAAUGGAAGUCUUGAAGAUUUUCUCGUCUGUGCAGAUAAAAGGCAAGCAUUGAUAUGGCAGAUUCGCAUUCGAAUUAUUGCAGAGAUAUGCUCAGCACUGAUAUUUCUGCACAAGAAUAAACCACAUCCAGUUGUUCAUGGUGAUCUGAAGCCAGCCAACAUCCUUCUUGAUGUUAACUUAGUCAGUAAGCUCAGUGAUUUUGGUAUCUCUCGCUUCCUAAUCCAGUCCAGCACCAAUAAUACAACUCUUUAUCACACCAUGCAUCCAGCGGGAACCCCCUUGUACAUGGACCCAGAGUUUCUCGCCACUGGAGAGCUGACACCUCACUCCGAUGUUUAUUCUUUUGGGAUCGUGGUCUUGCGCCUUUUGACAGGAAAGCCUCCUGUUGGUAUAAAGAAGGUUGUGGAGGAUGCGAUGAUGAAAGGUGAGCUGCAGUCAGUAGUUGAUUCCUCAGCAGGAGAGUGGCCUGAUGUGCUCGUGCAGCAGUUAGCACACCUUGCUCUCAGUUGCACGGAGCUGAGCCGGAGGUGCCGUCCUGAUCUUUCAGGCGAGGUGUGGAGAGUGGUUCAUGCAAUGCGGGAUGCUGCAUCAAUACCUUCAGCCUCAUCUUCUAGACCAGUGUCAGAUGAAAACUGCACACCUUUGUAUUUCAUCUGCCCUAUAUCUCAGGAUAUCAUGAACGAUCCACAUAUCGCGGCUGAUGGAUUCACCUAUGAAGCCGAGGCCAUCAGGAGCUGGCUCGACAGUGGCCACGACAUGUCGCCGAUGACCAACAUGCGUCUCGAACAGAGCGAGCUCAUUCCUAACCGUGCCCUUCGUAUCGCCAUCCAGCGAUGGCUCCAGCAGCAGAAUAUGACCUUGUAGUCUGUCGGGUUGCUGCGUGCUUCUCUGCCACUAAUAUCAGUACGGUGCCUCUGCCUCUCUACCAAAGUCAUGACGAGUUGAAUAACUCCUGUAUGUUUUCGUCGCUCAUCAACUUCUGCAGCCCGUGCAUCUUUAACAUUCAACUAGCUGUAACAGCGUACCAUGUAAUCAUUUUAAGCUUGUACUGUAGCCUUAGACAAUGAUGCUUGCCUAGUUGCCUUGCAUGUGUUAUCUUCGCACAUUGUAGUAGCCUAAUCCGGCCAAACCUCCCCGUCUGUAUGAUUUUUAUACUUUGAAUUCUAGAGGUUCACUGACUAC